AUAUGACACCUCAGCAUUGUUGACAACAAGUGUCGAAAACGAAAACGACAGAACUCAAAAGUUUUCAUUUAGAUUUUUUUAUUUUUAGUUGUUAGUAUUCUUUCUCAACAUCCUUCAUGGAAAAUUCAGCAGUUUUUUCAGAAGAGGCAGCUGACGAAAUCGAAAAAAACCAUGUAUUUCACGUUUACGAACAAAUCUCUGAUCAUUUCAGUGAAACCAGACAUUCGCCGUGGCCUAACGUAAAAGAGUUCAUAGAUAGUUUUCCUGCUGGAGCACUUCUGGUUGAUGUUGGAUGUGGAAAUGGAAAAUAUUUAAAUUGUUCCAAGUCCUUGUUUAGCAUUGGAUCUGACCGUUCAAGUAAACUGUUACAAGUUUGUAGAAGUCGUGGUGGACAUCAAGUUGUCAAUGCCGAUUGUCGUGUUUCACCAUUUCGUGAUGGUAUAGCUGAUGCUGUGAUCAGUAUCGCGGUGAUUCAUCAUCUGGCAACUGAAGAACGACGUUUGCUGGCUCUUCAAGAUAUCAGCCGAUUACUAUCGAAAGGAGGUCGAGCUCUAGUGUACGUUUGGGCUAAAGAGCAGAAAAUAGGGACGAAAAAGUCAACUUAUUUGCUACAAAAGAAGAACGAAGUCUCUAGGACAGAAGAGGCGUACCCGUCAACAAUCUUACCGGUGCACGAAAACCGGACAGAGUUCAAACAUGCUGAUGUUCUUGUUCCUUGGAAACUGAAAUCGAAAACUUCCGGUAGUAAGGAACUGGAUCCUGGUAUUAAUCCUUCCGCCUUCCUCAGAUUUUACCAUGUUUUCAAGGAAGGUGAAUUGGACAGUUUAUGUUCCAGCAUUCCCAACAUCUCUAUUUGCCGCAGUUAUUAUGAUGAAGCUCAUGUUAUUCUGGAGGUAGAUAUACAAUUUUUGGCGUAAUUAUUCACUAAUCGUCUAGGUCUAGCUGGAAACCGAUUCUUCGGGAGCCCAAAAUAAGUUGCUGUUUCUUUAAUAGUUUGGAAACGUCAAUCUUUUCCAUGCCGUAUUGGACUGGUCUUUUCUGCUGUACCGCAAAUAGCUUCAUCUGACAACUAUAUGACGGUCUAUUCAAGGUUAGUGAUCUUUUUAUUGUCGUAUUUUCUACAUGUGCAUAACUAGUCAACGUUUAGGAAGGUUAAAUAUGGUCAUUUUAGAAGAAGAGUUUUAUUCUUAUUUAUUAGAAAACUGUUUCUUCACUCCCUUCCUUUCAAUCAUGUUUUUUUUUUAAGCAUUCGUAAAUUGAAACCAAGUUGAGUCAAUUUUUUUUAUUUGUGGGCAUUGUGCGUGGUUUGUUUACAGAACAGGGAAGAAGUAUUUUAAAGUUUGGUAGCAAUCAGAACUUGAUUGUUUAAAUUUAAUUACUUGUAAUUUUUUAAGGAUAAAGAGUGGUAAUUUAAUACACUCAGUUUAUCCAGAUAUCCAGAUUGAAUAAGAAAAUUUAAAUUUUUUCAAUUAAGGGAAGCUGUUUAGAAAAGUGUUGUUAAAGUUCCGUUGAACAGAUAAUUUUUUCAUCCUUUUAACAACUUCUUAAAAAACGAUUCUACCACGAUCUAAUGCUAAUUUAAGGAACACUUAGUAAGGACUAGUAGAAAAGGAAACUUCUGAAUAGACUACCAUAGCACAACUAACACAUCACAGAUAUUUUCCCAUCAUAGUGCCGCAUCGCUACAUUUCUUGAACAGCUCGCGAAUCCUCUUGACACACAAUUUUGAACCUUCCUUUGCUUCGCGACUUAGCUAAAAAUGAAACAGUAAAAUUAGUGAUUUAAGUCACGUUAACAAGUUUUUAAACGUAAGUUAUACCAAAGCAAAAUUGAGAAAUCCAUGCGGAAGCCCCGGGAGAAUAUCGAGGCGAAUAUCACAACCCAAUCGACGGCAUCGUUUGGCGAAUUCAACAGAAUCAUCUAAACAAGGAUCUAAUUCGAUCGU